GUGUUUCUCUUGGAUUGAGAAGUGUCAGACCAUUGAGAAGUGUUUUAAAAAUUGCGCACACGUAAAAGUAGUUCUGUAAAUCUGUAAUGCAUUUACCGAGCAAUCACAACUUAUCGAAGAUGACGGAUAUGUACACCUCCUUGCAAGAAACUCUCCAAGAAUACCACGGCGAACUGGUUCAGACGGGCAGCCCGGCUAUUUUGUGUAGUGUUUUACCAACGCAUUGGCGGUCUAAUAAAAGUUUACCUAUAGCUUUCAAAGUCGUAGCUUUGGACGAUGUCGUAGACGGUACUACGGUGACUUUAAAAGCCGGUAACGACGAAAACUAUUGUGCCGAGUUGAGGAACCAUACCGCGGUUAUGAAAAAUCAAGUUGCUAAGUUUAAUGACUUGCGAUUUGUCGGUAGAUCCGGUAGAGGAAAAAGUUUUACAUUGACAAUUACUAUUAGCACCGGUCCUUUUUAUCAGAUGGCUACGUAUAAUAAAGCGAUUAAAGUGACUGUAGAUGGACCAAGAGAACCUAGAACUAAAUCAAGUUACCAAUAUGGAUAUGGUAUGCCUGGAUUACCAGGUGGAUUUAAUCCAUUUUUUAUAAAUCCUGGAUGGAUAGAUGCCGCAUACAUGACAUACGCCUUUCCAGAUUAUCUCAGACGAACUGCAAAUAUUCCACAAUCUGGAAGCAUGCAUACGCCUCUAGUCAAAGGAUCACCUUUAGCUCCAAACGUUCAACCGCCACACGAUUUCUUCAUACCGCCUCCAACAGGUCAUCCUUCGCCUUUUCACUCUAGUCCAAAUUUCCUGACGACAACAGUACCCCAGUUUGCACAAGAAAUCAAUAAACUGGCCAGUUUUGAAAUGCCUUUGAGACCUGUGAUGCCCAGUCCCCUAGACCAACUGAGUAUGAGGAUAUCCCCACUUUCGAAUAGUCAAAGUAUCAGUCCUCAGCUCCCGACGAAUGCUCAAGAAACAAAGAUUCAUUCUACCGUCGAUCAAUCGUCUUCGUCGGAAUGUUCUGAAGAUGAAGACAUCGAUGUGGUGAAAUCCGCGUUUGUACCAAUUAAGUCGGCUAGUAAGCUAUUACAAGAAAUUCAGCAUCCCGAUUCUACUGUUCAGGAUAAAGAACCUUUAGACAAAUGUGAACUUAAAGCGCCUAAUCUAAGGACGGUUAAAAAUAUUUCGGUUAGUGUUACCUCUCCAAAUACAAAAUUCACGUCUUCGCCUGCUGUAAAUGCCAUUAAAGCAGUAUGGAGACCAUAUUAGUUUUUUUAUGUAUCCUUAGUUAUCGUGAAAACUGAAACUUUUGCUGGUAUUUUAUUUAUGGUUUUGUGACAUAAAAUGACACAAACACUAUAUUUGUUCUAAGCUCAAAUUCACUUGCAGUAUUACCACCAGCUAUUGUUUUAGUUUUCAUAGUACCUCUGGUUUUAUUUUUAAUUUUACUUGUUGCAAUAUUGUAUAGAAAAAUGUACGAAAGCUUUAUUUAUUUGUAUAAAUUUAUUGUAUAUAGUGUAUAAAAGAUGUGUUAUAGAUAUUUGACAGAUUUUAAAGAAUUUGAGAAUGUACUGCAAUUGUGAUAGCAGAUUAACUGAUAGAUAUUUAGGUAUUUUUGUACAAAUAUUAUUAGGAUUCUUUACUGGAUUCUUUAAUAUGGCAAAUAAACGAGUUUCUAUUAAUAUA